AUGGGCGAUCGUCGGAGGAAAAUGACCGUGGAUCAUACAACGGCGUGCGCCAACAACAUGACGAAACUCAACCACUGGAGUGAAACUAUUAUCGCAUUCGAUAUGGGUCCCUAUACGAAUCCACAUUAUUGGCAGGCAUAUAUUGGCAUGUAUUCUCAGGCACUUCAACAGCAAUGGCCUGCUGGCCCAAUGGUAAGGCGCUUGACUACGAAUCAAGAGAUUGCAGGUUCGAGCCCUGCCGAUUGUGACCGGGGACCAGUUUACGAGGUUUUUUACUGGAAUAUGCAUGACCUAGUUGUUGUAUAA